UAAUGGUUGGUUAUUUUUUAUAUCCUUUCUAGUUUAUUCAAUUGGUUUUACUUUUGGUUCCAUUCUUAUGUCUUAUGGAAAUCACCGUACACUGACCAUUAGUGAGAUUCUUAUUGUUGUAAAUAUGUUUGGACAAGCUUUAAGUUUUCUUAAUUCAAUUGGUUCCUUCUUUCAAUCGAUUGCGGAAGCUCAAGGUGCAGCAGUAUCUGUAUUUCGGCUUAUUGACGAGGUCCAUAAUGAAAAUCUGAACGAAAGAGGAAUAUUGCAAGAGAACAUAUCUAGUGAAAAAUCAAUUUUCAAUAUCAAUGGUGAUAUUGAAUUCGAUAAUGUUAGUUUUUCUUAUCUAUCUAGAGAAAAUGUAGCAGCUUUGCAUAAUCUUAAAUUGAUUGCUCGUGCUAAUCAAACAACUGCUCUUGUAGGUUCAAGUGGUUGUGGAAAAAGUACAUGUGUAUCACUCCUUCUUCGCUAUUAUGAACCUUCUUCAGGCAGAAUUAUGAUUGAUGAUCAAUCAAUUACAGAUUAUAAAAUCAGACAAUUUCGUCAAAAUAUUGCAGUUAUUCUAUUUGGAAUAAGUAUUUAUGAAAAUAUUCGUUUUGGUAAAUUGAAUGCAACACGUGCAGAGAUUGAAAAUGCAGAAGAACAAGCUAAUGCACAUAAAUUCAUUAUGAAAUUACCAAAGAAAUAUGACACACUUGUUGGUGAAAGUGGUAUACAAUUGAGUGGUGGUGAAAAACAACGUAUUGCAUUAGCUCGUGCACUUGUCAAACAACCCAACAUUCUUUUGUUAGAUGAAGCAACAAGUGCUCUUGAUAAUGUUAGUGAGAAAAUUGUUCAAGAAGCACUUGAUCGAGCAUGCAAAAAUCGUACAACUAUAGCUAUUGCUCAUCGUUUGACUACAACUCAAAAUGCAGAUUAUAUAUAUGUAUUAGAUGAAGGAAGUGUAAUUGAAGAAGGUACACAUGAAACAUUAUUGGCAAAAGAAGGAGGGAAAUAUCAAACAAUGGUCAAAAUGCAACAAUCUAUAAAAACAAUUCAUACACAAGAUGAAUUAAUGAAUAUGACAAAAGCAGAGGCUGAAGAUGAAGAACAACCAUGUAUGUUAUUACUAUUCUAA